CAGCGGCGGAGGGCCGAGCAUGUGGGCAGCUUGUUUACAAGUAAGAGCUGUAUCGGCUGUAACCCGGCCGGCGGGAGGAGGAGGCGAGGCGGAGACGAGAGGCUGUUAGCGGGAGGGGGCGCUACGGACAUGUAAGGCUCGGGAUCCCGCAGACGUACACCUUCACCCGCGGGGAGAGAGAGAGGACCGACACCGGACACAGAUCGGACGUGUGUGUGUGUGCAGGCUGCAGCCAACAUGGCGAGCAUAUUAUCUAAACGGCUUGGGAAGAGGUCUCUGCUUGGAGCCCGGGUGUGCACUACCCCAAUGUUAUCCGCAGACUGCAUGACGGUGGAGUCGGCGGGAGACCUUGCCGUUUCAGCUCAACUAGGAGCUUAUGAGGGUGGAUGCUACAAAGAGUGCUUGGAGGAGGUCAUGUUUCCCACCAACUUGUCCACCAACCGCUUCAAGCUGUACCCAGGACAAAAGGUGUACAUCACCCACAACGGAAAGGAAUGGGUCGGUUUGGUGGAGCAGCACAAUCACGUCGACGACGAAGUGAAGAUUUUCGUUCUGGAACUGGGGCUCCACCUUUGCAGGAAGACAGAGGACGUCCGUCUCGUGGAGACCCCCAGAGCCACGAGCAUGCCGAUGGAGCAGACUCUGUCCACCAGCCCUGCAGGGCCUGCCAGCGUGGCUCAGAGAUCAGUGUCUUGCAGCAUUGAUGUCCCCAAGAGGGCGGCUGCUCCUCACUAUGGAGGAGCAAUGGAGCCCCCCUUGGAGAGCAUCCUUGUCAACAUGGGGAGUACAUUCUCGUCAUCGUAUCUGUAUGCCAGAAUGAAUGAACUCCUGAACAUGCGCAGGAAUUGUCUUAUGCCAUGCCCGCUAAUCAAGACUGCUCAAAACUUGGCGGAAGCUGGGCAGGAGAUGCUGGCAAGAGACCUCUCCGAGGUCGAAUGGUUGGAGCAAAGGAGAUCAGAUGCCGUAGAGAUGGAUGAAAUGAUGGCAGCUAUGGUCCUCACCAGCUUGUCCUGCAGCCCAAUCGUCCAGAGUCCCCCCUGCAGUGACCUCAUUCCAACCCCUCGAGUGACCUGCGACCUCUGGAAGGAAAGCGGCGAUGUGUCGGACAGUGGGAGCAGUACAACCAGUGGGCACUGGAGUGCAGAGUGUGGCGCCUCCACGCCUUCCCCUCCUCACACCGAAGCCAGCCCCAAGUAUACAAACGAGGCGUUCAGCGCUUCCCAUGUGGAUGAAGGCUUUGAGACAGACCCCGAUCCUUUCCUUCUGGACGAGCCUGCCCCACGCAAGAGAAAGAACUCUGUGAAGAUCAUGUACAAGUGUCUGUGGCCAAACUGCGGAAAGCUUCUGCGCUCCAUCGUUGGCAUUAAGCGCCACGUGAAAACCCAGCACCUCGGCGAUGGAGCAGAUUCCGACCAGCGUAAGAGAGAGGAGGAUUUUUACUACACCGAGGUCCAGCUGAAAGAGGAAGCGGAAGCAGAGAGCACACCCAAGAGCCCGAGCACGGCCACCACUCCGCUCCUCAUCCAGCCGGUGACACCCAAACCUGACACUCUGGCUCUGGAGGUGCCCGGUUUGGAGUCUCCUCUUCCAACUGCGCUCAGUCAAUCGGCCCCGGGCUCCUUCUGGCACAUCCAGGCCGAUCAUGCCUAUCAGGCUCUGCCUUCCAUCCAGAUCCCGGUCUCCCCUCAUAUCUUCACCAGUAUAAGCUGGGCAGCCGCUCCCUCCGCUCUCCCCACCCUGUCUCCAAUCCGAAGCCGGUCAUUGAGUUUUAGUGAGCAACAGCAGCAGACACAAUCCAUAAAGUCGCAUCUGAUUGUGGCUUCGCCCCCUCGGGCCACCAAUGGGAGCAGGAAAGUUCGCGGUGAAGCAAAGAAGUGCCGUAAGGUUUACGGGAUCGAACACCGGGACCAGUGGUGCACCGCCUGCCGGUGGAAAAAGGCCUGUCAGAGGUUCCUGGACUGACAGGCCGCACAUACGCACAUCUGCUUAGAGGUGGAAAGGCUUCAGUAUCUAAAGGGCUCAUAGAGUCCACAUGGAGCAAACUCUAAGAGAAGGGUGGUGACUAAAGACUGUUUUGACUUGUAAAUUCCAAAAAAAACCUGUACAACAUUGUAUGUUUUUGCCAGAUUUUUUUUUUUUAAAGCUCUCCAUUUUGUUUUUAAAAUAGACUGUAGGGGUCUCCUUCUCCUUUUUUUUUUUAUUUUUUUAUUUUUUGCUUAAUGGACGUGCAGGGACCAAAAUGUAUGAACUUCUUUUAACGAUCCCGUCUGUCACUACAGUUUUUCAUAAAGAAAUAUCAAGAUACCCGUCCGUUUGUAAUAUAGUGUCUGCUCACCCAAUCUGCUUGUAAAAUGUCCUGAACAUGCUACAGUAUUUGAGAUUUUUGAGCUUAUUUUUUUUUUUUUUUGUUCUUUACUUUUUUUUUGUUUGUUUUUCCUGAUUCAGAAAAGUGUGCCAGGUUUGGCUUUUUGGGUUGCAAACUGUACACCAGUCAUAUUGUAAUUUUACAUACUGGGUGCUGGGGGGGGUUUUAAUUUUGGAUACAAAUAUUAUAUUUGUGGUGCUGUCUCGGAGAAAAAAAGAAGUGGGCGCGGUCAUGAGAUUUUAUGAAAUGACAUUUCUGUGACUUAUUAAAAAGCUGAUCUUAUUUUUGAAA